AUGGUAAAGUUUCUCCAGAUAGUUUCUACUCUCGCCGCAGCUGCCUUGGCAGCUUCGAGCGUUUGCGCAGGUCCUCUUCCGGCAGAUACACUCGACUAUCCACUCGGCGUGCAGAAAGCAAUCCAGGCCAGGGAAGCAGAGCGUCUGUUUGUGCGCAACAACACCGCGCCUACUUCACCGCUCACCAACUACCAGCAGUACUCGUUUCCUGCACAGCUUUCGCAGGCAGCCUACUGUAAUCUAGCCGUGGGAUCGACAGUGGGAGACGCGACGCUGCUCUGGACUGCCGGUGAUGGUCGGUCGACACCGGUGGUCUACGUGGCCUAUUCGCCUUCAAAAGGUGUCAUUGUUUCGCAUCAGGGCACAAAUACUUCCUCAUUUUCCUCCAUUCUCAACGAUGCCGAUUUCAACAAGGACCCCGUCAACUCGAGGCUGUCGUAUCUCGGUAGUGAUGUCGAGGUACACGGCGGGUUCCAGGAUACGUGGCUGCGCACCGCCGACUCUGUGCUGGCACAGGUGCAGUCGGCGCUCGCCGAUCACCCCGGCGCGGCCAUCUUGACGGUAGGCCACUCGCUCGGUGCGGCUAUUUCGCUGUUCGAUGCUCUGUACCUCAAGAAACAGCUUCCCUCGACCUCGGUGCAUUCAAUCGUUUUUGGCCAACCUCGAACCGGAAACCAAGCGUUUGCCGAUGCCGUCGACGCCAACCUGGCCGGGUUUGUGCACAUCAACAACGGAAACGAUCCUGUUCCACGUCUGCCGCCCACCUUCAACGGCUAUGUGCACUCUUCGGGAGAGAUCUGGAUCAACCCGCACAACACCAACACUGCGGUGACCUGCCCCGGCCAGGAGAACGAGAACUGCAGCGACUCGCUCAGCGCUUUUGACUACAAGACCUCCGACCACACGGGCACCUACUUUGAUGUCCAUAUUGCAGGUCGCGGCGGCAACUGUCCUCCCGUGAUCAACUGA